AUGCACACGACCGCUCAUCUGGAUAGUCUAGAGCUGGAGGAGGCGGCACCCGCACAGAAGCGCUCCGCGGCCAGCAUGAUCUUUCGCAUCGAGCAGAUGCUGCCCAGUGCCAGCCUAUCGCCGACCACAACCACCACAUCGCCAGUGACCACACUGACGCCCACGACAAGCACUCAGAGUCCGUCCAAGCGGAUCAGGAGCAAUCCACGUCCUGGCGUCUACACCUCGCAGUACACCCCAAAGGACACCUGCUCGAGUUCCGUGCCCACGCAGGCCCUACUCAGCUCCACGGCCACACCCACCGACGGCACCCGAGCCCACUGCCAGCUGUCCAACGGGGAACUGAUCAUGUCCGCCACCUUGUUGCGCCAGAUCAAGCUCUCCGAAGAUGUCUACAGCUUCAAUGCGAUCUUUGAGCUGCAGGGCGGACAGGUGCGGGUGCGACUGGUGCGUGAUGUGGCGCGUGAGGAUGAGAUUGUGGCCUGGUUCGGGGAGGAGCUGGUGCUGCUCAUGGGCAUACCCUUCCUGACGCCCCUAAACAUACAAGGAAACAGUCGCUACACGUGCCACCUGUGCCAUCUCACCUUUGAAACCCCGCAUCCGUUGAAGAUCCAUCUGGCUCUCGGCUGUGGCCGCAGUGCCAUGGACAUACUCUGGAUGCGCCUGCACUAUGCGCUGAAGGCGGCGGCCCGCAGUCACCAAAGAACUGCCACUCAUAUGUCCCCGACGCCAGCGACUUCCUCGACAUCCUCGGCCUCGCCCACCCACUCGCCUCCGCUGCAGAUUCCUCCACGUUUCUCCGCCUUUCGUCCGAUUUCGGGCAUGCAGACACUGGGUCCACUGGCCACGGCCACUGCGGCGGCCGCUGGCACGCUCUCCUACCUGCCCUCCAUUUCGAUGGCAGGCACACCCUUGGGUGCGCAUCCCAUGAAUGCGGCAGCGCAGAUCGAGGCGAUUGUCAGCAACAUGGGUGCCUCGAAGCAGGGACACUUGUGCAUCUACUGCGGCAAGGUGUACUCCCGCAAGUAUGGCCUGAAGAUCCACAUCCGCACCCACACCGGCUUCAAGCCGCUCAAGUGCAAGUUCUGCCUGCGACCCUUCGGCGAUCCGAGCAACCUCAACAAGCACGUGCGCCUGCAUCUCCAGACCCAGCCCAGUUCAGCGGGUGGGGGAGGAGUUGGCGAGGGUGCCAGCAGUGAUGUGGACAUUGAAGGCGAAUCGGAGGCGGGCUAUCAGUGUCGGAUCUGUCACAAGUCCCUGGCCCGACGCCGCGAUCUGCAGCGGCACAUGGAGACGCGACAUGGUGGCUCCACCAUUGUACAUGCCACCACCAGCACCACCACACUGACCAUGGCCACAGUGAGUGGUGCAAGAGCAGCCACAUCCACCACAAAGUCGAGUUGA